ACAUUCAAUAUCAGGGUACAUUGCCCCUGGAUAAAUUAAUCCCUAAAUAGGGUUCAGCAGAUAGCAGAGAAGCUGCCCCAGCUGGCUCCCCGAAACGGUGACCACGCCCCCUACACACCGGAGCACCCGGCUGCUGCGCGGAGCGGGGCUGUUGAUACCACAGCUGUGAUCACACGCCACAGAGGCGCGCCAAGAGACGGACUGCAUAGGCUCCACCACCAGCCACUCUCACGACACACCAAGCCACUACUUGCUGUAGUGCAAUUCUCAGGAUCAGGUUUAGGCAGGCUGUGGACCAGUCUUUGGGGAUACAGUAACUGCUGUGUGAUUGGCGGUUUGUCUGAUACACCAGAGAGAAACAAGAUAAGGAGAAGAACAUUCUAGAGGAACCUUGGAUAAUCUGGAGAACGUACUGCUUUACACAGAGACCAUGAUAACGCUAACAGAAAGCUAAAGGAAACCUAAUGGAAUGCUGAGUGAGGUCAUGUAGCUGCCCUCUGACACCCCUGCAUGAGACUACGCCUUCUGCGUCACCUCGGCUUUCCUAAUUGGCUGGUUUGGAGAGCGACGGACCAAUGGAGAAGAGUGCUGAGGAGCUGAACCUCUCGUUCCUGCUGGAGCAUGAGCGAGAGAUGAUCCUCGGAGUCCUGCAGAAGGACGAGAAACUAAGGAAACUAGAGGAGAAGAGGAUACGGAAGCUGAAGAAUGAGCUGGUGGAGAUCAGGCGUAAGGGUUCGCGGCGCCCCCAAGAGGUUGGGGAGCGUCAAUGCGCCCGUUGCCUGAAGGGCCUGGGCCUGAUUUUCGACCGCGGGGAGCUCUGUGAGCAGUGUCUACAGCGUGUCUGCAGCGACUGUCGCGUGAUGGCCCCUAAAGCAAAGCAUUGGAAGUGCUCCAUCUGUGCCAAAGUCUUGGAGCUGAAGGUGGUGACCGGGGAGUGGUUCCUAGAGGAGCGGUCCAAGCGGUUUGACAAGGGGACAGUGCUCAGCAGUGAUGUGGUCAAACAGUCUAUCAUGAGCAGCCCCGCAGGAAGCCCCCACAGGAAGUCCCCAGAGCCAGCUGACUCACCUGAGAGGCCUGACACCCCAAAAUCAGGAAGAAGUGCUGUGAGGAACCUGGUGGAUGGAGCCAAGAGGAAAGGGAAAGGGAUAUUGAUGGAUAAGAAGGGCAGCCGUCCCAGCCUGAAGCCAGAGAACGGGGUGCAGGGUGGGAGUGUGUGUGCUCCUGUCCCCGACACAGACACACACAGCGUACGCAGUGCCCGGUCUGCACCACGCUCAACAACCCGCUCAGCGCCUCACUCACAUAGGGGAAGUGUUGUGGCUCUGGAGUCUUCAGGGAUACGUACUGUACCUAACAACCUGCGCUCCCAAACCCUGGAGAGGGACAGGUCCCCUACACCCAGCAGCAAGAGCAGGAGGGUCAGGCCGGACGGAGCGGAGAGCGUGGCUAGUUUCCGCUCCAGCGACAGCGUGUUUGACAAGAUGUCCGACACCGUCACCGGGCAUGGCUGGACAGGGUCUGAUACCGCCCCACCCACCAUUGCUGUCUCCAGGGCCUCUGUUUCAUCAGAUCGUAGUCGUUCUGAGGUGGACCUGUCUGUUCCUGGUUCUGCCAGUGAUGAGGCCCUCAGCCUGAGGAGCCGCUCCGUUCCUGGGCUCAAUGACACGGAGUUUGAUGAUAAUGAUAAAGACGAGGACAUCGAUGCUCUGAUGUCGGCACACAGCAAGGCCGCCAGCCGACGCAUGAGCUGCGCUGUGUCUACGAGCAGUCUGAACAGUAUGAUGAGUAUGUACAGUGAGACUGGUGACUAUGGCAACGCCAACGUGAGUGGCGAGCUGCUGUUGAACAUCAGCUACAGCUAUAAGACAGGCGCUCUUAACGUCCUGGUGAAGGAGUGUCGCAACCUGGCCACCGGGGAUGAGAAGAGGCAACGCACAGAUGCCUAUGUGAAGGCCUACCUCCUCCCAGACAAGUCUCGCCAGAGCAAGAGGAAGACCAGCAUCAAGACCAACACAAUCAACCCUGUAUUCAACGAGAACCUUAGGUAUGUGAUCAGCCACUCCCAGUUGGAGACACGAACGCUGCAGCUGUCUGUGUGGCACCAUGACCGCUUCGGACACAACAGCUUCCUGGGGGAGGUGGAGCUGACCUUUGACUCCUGGGAGUUUGACAGCAACACGGAGGAGUGGUACUCUCUGCAGCCCAAGCUGGACAGUAGUAUGGACUCCACGCUCCAGUAUAAAGGGGAGCUGACCGUGGUUCUGAAGUACAUCCCUGCAGAGAAGAACCUCAUGCUACCCCUGGACCAGGUCCAAGUGAAGAAAGGCUUUCUGAAAGGAAAGAAGACCAGCAUCAAGCUGCCUAAAGGAGGUAUGGUGGAACUGCUGGUCAAGGAGGCCAAGAACCUGACCUCUGUCAAGUCUGGAGGCACUUCAGACCCCUUUGUGAAAGGGUACCUGCUCCCUGACAACAGUAAGUCCACCAAGCACAAGACAGUGGUGGUGCGUCGCUCGGUCAACCCCCAGUGGAACCACACCUUCACCUACUGUGGCCUGCAGGCCGGAGACCUGAACAACGUGUGUCUGGAGCUCACUGUCUGGGACAAGGAGGCUCUGGCCAGCAAUGUCUUCCUGGGGGGAGUCCGACUCAACGGAGGGACAGGCCAGAGCUAUGGGAACGAGGUGGACUGGAUGGACUCGUACGGAGAGGAACAGCGGCUAUGGCAACGCAUGAUUGACAACCCGGAGGUCCCACAGGAGUGUACACUGAUGCUGAGAUCCAGCAUGUGCAAGCACAACACAUGA